AUCUCAAAUAUUCUCUUCCUUGUGAAAUCUCCAUAAAAUUUGACCUAAACAUUUUCAAGAUCUCUCGCGCAAGUUCAUACCAUUCUCGACUUGGAUUAAUUUUAUUUUCCUUCCAGAAGAUAUCAUGGCGCAAUCUUCCAACAGAUCUCCUUCCCCCAUUUCAAACAGACAAAACCCUAGUUCAAGAUUCACAGAGCAGAAUCCGAUCGCAAGAAGAAGCUUAACUGGCAGCCCAUUUUCCCGGCCUCCUAUCCUUUCCAACACUAAAAGCUUCAAUUCCAAGACACCUGCAAAUAGCCCUUCAGAUUUUACAAGAAACUCGGCAGAAUUUUGUUCAAGGGAGGAUAAAGAGAACACCGUAGAUCACUCGAUGAAGCCGACAAAGGUCCGAUCGCCGGCGAUAUUGAAGAAGGGUUCGAAGAAUUUCAUGGCGCCGACCAUUUCCGCGGCUUCAAAGUUCACCCCUUCUCCGAGAAAGAAGAUUCUUGGAGAGAAAAACGACUCCGUCCGGACAUCAAUGUCUGAUUCUUUCGAAAAAGUUGCGGAGAGAUUUGAGAUGAACUCGGAAGUGGGUUCUGACGAAAACGAGAUCGAGGCUUUGAAUGAUGAUUCAGAUGUCCUAAAUCUAUAUCAAAAGGAGGAGGGUUUUGAAUCAUUAUCAAAAGAAACAUCGUCAGAUUUCCUUGGUGAUGAUGAUUGUAGCCUCAAGAAGAUUCCUAUUUCCUUUACCGUUUCUCCAAUUAUAGAUGCUGAUCCAUCUCUUCCACCUUACGAUCCCAAAACAAAUUAUCUCUCUCCCAGGCCUAAAUUCCUUCAUUUCAAACCAAACCCAAGAAUUCGAUCUUACCUCGGAAAGGAAAACGGGGAAAUCAAAAUGUUAGAAGAUAUAUAUGAAUUGGGGAACUUGUCCUCAGACACUGAAGAAACUGAGUCUGACGAUUCACAAAAAGGAUCUUGUGAGGAAGAUUCUUCACCUGAGGUUAAAACAAAAGGAGCGAAACAUCAAGAAGAAGAAGAAGUUGAAAAAGAUUCUUCACCUGAAAUUAAAAUAAAAGGAGCAGAACAUCAAGAAGAAGAAGUUGAGGUUGAAGGAGAUUCUUCACCUGAAGUUAAAACAAAAGGAGCAAAACAUCAAGAAGAAGAAGAAGUUGAAGUUGAAGAAGAACCAAUCAAUAACCUGCAAGUUUCUGAACCACAAGGAGUUAAAAAAUCGAGGUUCUUUUCAAGAUUGAGGUUCAUUUCCUUGCUUAUGAUACUAGUGGUUGGUUUCUUAUCCUUUUCAUCUACCGAUUCUCCUAUCUUUAAUAAUGGUUCAUCAGUUCUAAAGGAUUCGAGAAUUUAUAAACUUUAUGACUCAUCUGAACUCAAAGAUGUUUUCGAGGAAUUUGUUAUAAAUUUCAAUGACUGGUCAAGCAAACACAUAUCAUCUUAUGUGUCUAAACUAAUCCCUACAAUAAAUGGGAUAGAUAAGCCUCCAGCCAGCAUUCAGUUUUAUAACCUGUCUUCUUUUCAAGAGUAUGCACUAAUCAACGGAGGAGGGUUUGUUGACCCUAUUAAGUUGGAUCUUGGGGAAAUGUAUGAUCAGUAUUUUGAGGAUGAAGAUGAAACUGAGGAAUCCUUACAGGAAGAAGAGAUUGGUAAUUCAGAGAUUGAAGAAGAGGAGGAGGAAGAAGAAGAGAUUGAGGAUGAAGUUAUUAAGUCUGACAUUAUUACAAAAGAAGAGUCUUUUCCACUGCAAACUGAAUUCGACCAGAAUGAAGAACAGAGUGUUAAUGAUGCUACUUUGGUUCUUAUUCAGGAAGUGGAUUCAUCAGCAUCAUCAUCAGUUGUUGGUGAUGAUGAUGUUCUUAUUCAGGAAGUGGAUUCAUCAGCAUCAUCAUCAGUUGUUGGUGAUGAUGAUGUUCUUAUUCAGAAAGUGGAUUCAUCAGCAUCAGCAUCAUCAUCAGUUGUUAGUGAUGAUAAUGUUCUUAUUCAGGAAGUGGAUUCAUCAUCAUCAUCAUCAUCAGUUGUUAUUGAUGAUAAUGUUCAAACUUCAGAAGAAUUAUCUUCAUCAACUCAUAAUCUGUUAACCGAAGCUAAUUCUUCGUUAGACCACAUCUUGGCCACCAUCUCAGUUCUUCUAGCAGUCCUUAUACCAGCUUUCUUGUAUGUGAAUCAUCAUCAAAAGAGAAAGGAAGUUGUGGAUGAUGAUCCUGCUGCUGCUGCUGCUCCUGCUCCUGCUCCAUGUUCAUCUGAAGCCAGCAGCUUUGAGACAAGUACAGGAAACAAGAAGAAGAAGAGGGUGGUAAUGAAAAGCAGCAACUCCUCAGUAAGGAGAGAGUCAUUGGCUGCUUCUUCUUCAACUGAAUUCUCAAUGGAAUCGUCUUCUUAUGGAAGUUUCACCACUUAUGAGAAGAUGAUCACUAAGAAGAACAAUGGAUAUGAUGAAGAAAUGGUGACAACUCCGGUCAGGCGAUCUAGCAGGAUCAGAAGCCAAAUCAGCAGCGUCACUUCUCAGUGACCAACAACAACACCUGGGUCAGCCAAAUUGUUGAAAAUCUAACUUCAUUGACUUUGUUUGAUGAUAUCUACUGCUGCUGCUGCUGCUGCUGUUAUUCUUUCUUAGUUUAGUAGAAUGAUUGUGACUUUAACUCACUGAGCGGAUUGAUUGAUUUGUAUUUAUUUUUGUACUAUGAUGUCCAAAAUCUUUGGCACCUUGCUGAUGAUGAUAUGUUUGGCUCAUUUUUAAUUUGAUAACCAGUAACCCUUGUUUUUGUU